GGGAGAAAGGCUGGCACAGAGGAGGGCUCAGGUGCCCCAGCUCUAAGGAGCAAAGACAGAGAGAGCCCAACAGCAGGGGAGGCCACACAAAGGGCACAAACAGCACUGGUCAUGGCUGAGAAAACCAAAGAAGAGACCCAGCUGUGGAAUGGGACUGUACUUCAGGAUGCUUCGCAGGGCCUCCAGGACAGCUUGUUCUCCUCGGAAAGUGACAACAGUCUGUACUUCACCUACAGUGGUCAGUCCAACACUCUGGAGGUCAGAGAUCUCACCUACCAGGUGGACAUCGCCUCUCAGGUGCCUUGGUUUGAGCAGCUGGCUCAGUUCAAGAUACCCUGGAGGUCUCAUAGCAGCCAAGACUCCUGUGAGCUGGGCAUCCGAAAUCUAAGCUUCAAAGUGAGGAGUGGACAGAUGCUGGCCAUCAUAGGGAGCUCAGGCUGCGGGAGAGCCUCACUACUCGACGUGAUCACAGGCAGAGGCCACGGUGGCAAGAUGAAAUCAGGACAAAUUUGGAUAAAUGGGCAACCCAGUACGCCUCAGCUGGUGAGGAAGUGCGUUGCGCAUGUGCGGCAGCAUGACCAACUGCUGCCCAACCUGACCGUCAGAGAGACCCUGGCUUUCAUUGCCCAGAUGCGCCUGCCCAGGACCUUCUCCCAGGCCCAGCGUGACAAACGGGUGGAAGACGUAAUCGCCGAGCUGCGGCUGCGGCAGUGCGCCAACACCAGAGUGGGCAACACGUAUGUACGUGGGGUGUCCGGGGGUGAGCGCCGACGAGUGAGCAUUGGGGUGCAGCUCCUGUGGAACCCAGGAAUCCUCAUUCUGGAUGAACCCACUUCUGGCCUCGACAGCUUCACAGCCCACAAUCUGGUGACAACCUUGUCCCGCCUGGCCAAGGGCAACAGGCUGGUGCUCAUCUCCCUCCACCAGCCUCGCUCUGACAUCUUCAGGCUAUUUGACCUGGUCCUUCUGAUGACAUCUGGCACCCCUAUCUACCUGGGGGCGGCGCAGCAAAUGGUGCAGUACUUCACAUCCAUUGGCCACCCUUGUCCUCGCUAUAGCAACCCUGCGGACUUCUACGUGGACUUGACCAGCAUCGACAGACGCAGCAAAGAACGGGAGGUGGCCACCGUGGAGAAGGCACAGUCUCUUGCAGCCCUGUUCCUAGAAAAAGUACAAGGCUUUGAUGACUUUCUGUGGAAAGCUGAGGCAAAGGAACUCAACACAAGCACCCACACAGUCAGCCUGACCCUCACACAGGACACUGACUGUGGGACUGCUGUUGAGCUGCCCGGGAUGAUAGAGCAGUUUUCCACCCUGAUCCGUCGUCAGAUUUCCAAUGACUUCCGGGACCUGCCCACGCUGCUCAUUCAUGGGUCGGAAGCCUGCCUGAUGUCCCUCAUCAUUGGCUUCCUUUACUACGGCCAUGGGGCCAAGCAGCUCUCCUUCAUGGACACAGCAGCCCUCCUCUUCAUGAUAGGGGCGCUCAUUCCUUUCAAUGUCAUCCUGGAUGUCGUCUCCAAAUGUCACUCGGAGAGGUCAAUGCUGUACUAUGAGCUGGAAGACGGGCUGUACACUGCUGGUCCUUAUUUCUUUGCCAAGAUCCUAGGAGAAUUGCCGGAGCACUGUGCCUACGUCAUCAUCUACGCGAUGCCCAUCUACUGGCUGACAAACCUGCGGCCCGUGCCUGAGCUCUUCCUUCUACACUUCCUGCUCGUGUGGUUGGUGGUCUUCUGCUGCAGGACCAUGGCCCUGGCUGCCUCUGCCAUGCUGCCCACCUUCCACAUGUCCUCCUUCUUCUGCAAUGCCCUCUACAACUCCUUCUACCUUACUGCCGGCUUCAUGAUAAACUUGGACAACCUGUGGAUAGUGCCUGCAUGGAUCUCCAAGCUGUCGUUCCUCCGGUGGUGCUUCUCGGGGCUGAUGCAGAUUCAAUUUAAUGGACACCUUUACACCACACAAAUCGGCAACUUCACCUUCUCCAUCCUCGGAGACACGAUGAUCAGUGCCAUGGACCUGAACUCGCAUCCACUCUAUGCGAUCUACCUCAUUGUCAUCGGCAUCAGCUACGGCUUCCUGUUCCUGUACUAUCUAUCCUUGAAGCUCAUCAAACAGAAGUCAAUUCAAGACUGGUGAUACUCAGCCUUGCUCUCACUGGCGGGACCCUUUUCCCGGGGCUGGCCACCCCAGGAGGAGCCGGACUGGGGACAAGGCUCACACAGAUCUCUCAGGCAGCAGCCACCUCUUAGUGCUGCAGUGGCACAGGUCAGCCACAGGAUGGCAGUAGAAUAAAGACAGUUGAGAGGUGUUUCUGCUCCCAGGCCCAGGCUUGUGAUGGGAGAGAGAGAAACCAGGUACGUUGCUCAUGCAUUUUAUAUCUUUAAAUAAACAACCCAGUAUGGAAUGGGAACCAAUUAUAUAUGAAUUGAGUAGCUAGGCUAUGCAGAAAUUUCUGGAAUCCUGAGAGGAUAGUGGUUUAUAGCAAAGUGUUUAACUUUCUCUUCUACCAUUCUCACACUGUUAAGCCACUCCCAAUACAAAGGGCGACCUAAAACAAACUAGCAAAAUGUUUUUCGCUUAUCUCUGCGUGGAUUCAUGGACUCCAACCCCCAAAGUUGGACAGCUGAGAGUUAAUUGAGCAUUUAAUCAACGGGUACGGUAUAAAAUAUGAUGUGUGGCUAUUGUCAUUUAUUCUUGGAGCAACCCACUGAUGUGAGCAGCAUCCUGUUAUUUCGGUGAGGACACGGUGGCAAAGACAAAUCCAGUUGUCUCAGCUUACAAAGUGUUUUGUGAUGGAAUCAAAAAGACCCUUGGGCGUUACAGAGCAAAACGCCAGGCCCGAGAUGCCUCUAGAAACAGUUUGCAGAGUCUGUGUGAGCUCAGCCAGGCCUCAGAGUUGCAUCCCCCUAGCCAGGGCUCAGGAUCGGCUUUCACAGUGGCCAGAGAUGCGCUGCUUGCUGCACAUCCAGAUUGCGUGCUUCAUGCCUGUGUCAAGGAACCCCACCCCCACCCCUGGCCCCCCACCCCGGGCCCCCGACCCAAAGCAUGGAGCUGGGAGGGGCUUGCUCCCAGAGGAAAACUCGUCUGGAAUGAAAAGAACCAGCGGGGAGAGUGUUUGAGGCCAGGAGAGGUGUUCUCCACUGGUUCUCCAGGUCCUGAUUGGUCCAUGACGUCAGUGAAUGCUGAUGAGGUAGGCAAAAUCCCAGGCCUGCCCAGAUCCGUGGACUCAGCAUCCUGUGUUCAGACCCCAGUGUGAGCAGCAGCUCCACAGCAUCCACUGGCCUCAGGGAGUCCACACAGCCCUGUUGCCACCAUCCAUUGCAUAGAUGUCACACAAGAGCCACAGGGCCCUCAUGCAGAGCAGAGUCAAAAGCACCCUCCGAUUGCUUCUUUCAGUUUGGAAGAGCUAGCUCUUCAGUGCCCGCUGGCUUUAUAGGGUAGCUUUUAAUUUGGAUUUAUCUGGGGGCAUUUCUCAGUUAAAUCCUGGCUGGGUCAGAAUAUCCAGGAAUGAAAUUGGUUUUUCCCUAGUGUGUCCCAUCAGGCGGCACACGGUUGGCUCCCAGUUGCUGCGUGCUGUUGACUCUGAUUGCCUGACAGAAGGCACGUCUGCUGGACCCCUCCACGUUCCUCGGUUCCCUCUUUUCAUAAUUAAUAAAGCUUUUGGAUACCA